CAAGCGGCCCGGCGCCGGCCGCAGGGCCUCACGGGAUCGUGGCGGUCCCCGGUCCCUACUCGGAAGCUCGGCCGCCUCGGGACUCUCAAGAUGGCGACCUCUCUGGGUUCCAACACCUACAACAGGCAGAACUGGGAGGAUGCGGACUUCCCCAUUCUGUGCCAGACGUGUCUCGGAGAAAACCCCUACAUCCGAAUGACCAAAGAAAAGUAUGGGAAAGAAUGCAAAAUCUGUGCCAGGCCAUUCACAGUGUUUCGCUGGUGCCCUGGGGUCCGCAUGCGCUUUAAGAAGACUGAAGUGUGCCAGACCUGCAGUAAACUGAAGAAUGUUUGUCAGACCUGCCUUUUAGACCUUGAGUAUGGCUUGCCCAUCCAAGUCCGUGACGCAGGACUCUCUUUUAAAGACGACAUGCCAAAGUCAGAUGUCAACAAAGAGUACUAUACACAGAAUAUGGAGAGAGAAAUCUCUAACUCGGAUGGAACACGACCAGUUGGCAUGCUGGGGAAGGCCACGUCUACCAGUGACAUGCUGCUCAAGCUGGCCCGGACCACACCCUACUACAAAAGGAACCGGCCCCACAUUUGCUCCUUCUGGGUGAAGGGAGAGUGUAAGCGAGGAGAAGAGUGUCCCUACAGGCACGAGAAGCCUACGGAUCCAGACGACCCUCUUGCUGACCAGAACAUUAAGGACCGGUAUUAUGGGAUCAAUGACCCUGUGGCAGAUAAGCUUCUGAAGAGAGCCUCCACCAUGCCUCGCCUGGACCCGCCAGAGGACAAGACCAUCACGACGCUUUACGUCGGCGGUUUGGGUGACACAAUCACCGAGACGGAUCUCAGGAAUCACUUCUACCAGUUUGGAGAGAUCCGGACGAUCACCGUGGUGCAGAGACAGCAGUGUGCUUUCAUCCAGUUUGCCACGAGACAGGCUGCGGAGGUGGCCGCUGAGAAGUCCUUUAACAAGUUGAUUGUCAAUGGCCGCAGGCUCAACGUAAAAUGGGGAAGAUCCCAAGCAGCCAGAGGAAAAGAAAAAGAGAAGGACGGAACCACAGACUCUGGCAUCAAGCUAGAACCUGUUCCCGGCCUGCCAGGAGCUCUUCCUCCUCCUCCUGCUGCUGAAGAAGAAGCCUCUGCCAACUACUUCAACCUGCCCCCCAGUGGCCCCCCGGCUGUGGUGAACAUCGCCCUGCCACCACCCCCUGGCAUCGCCCCGCCACCCCCCCCAGGUUUCGGGCCACACAUGUUCCACCCCAUGGGACCGCCGCCCCCUUUCAUGCGGGCUCCAGGACCGAUCCACUACCCUUCCCAGGACCCGCAGAGGAUGGGCGCCCACGCUGGGAAGCACAGCAGCCCCUAGCAGCGCACGCCGCCACUCGGCUUCCUGGAAGAAGGGCGCUCUCACACCCCAGUCCAUGAACCUCGGAAUAAACAUAUUUUUCCUUCCUUUGUAGUUUCCAUGGUAGCUGAAUGUGUUCAGAGGCAGGCAGAGAGUGACAGCCAUGCUUUCCCUCCAUGCUUGGAAAGGAUCAGUGGACCGCCGAUGAGCUGCCGUGAGCACAGCUGGUUACUGCUGUCACAUUACUAAAAACGCAAUGCCUUUCCUCUUAAACCUGCUGGGGAGCAAGCAGAGGGGCGAACUGGAACGUCCAGAUGGAUGAUGGGUGUUACUGUCCCAAUGUGUUCACUUUGUAUAUUUUGGGGAGGGAGACAAAAAUUGACCUGCAGUUUAAAAAAAAAAAAAAACUUUUGACCAUUUUUAAUGUCUAUUGGGUAUUUUCUUUUUUAUCAUCUAAAAAAAAUACUAAUCACUGUAGUGGCAUGAGUGUGAUGUAACUCUUUGGAAGUCACACCUCAGAGACAAGCAGAAACCAGCACCCUACACAGCCUAGAUCUUUUCUUUCUCUCCUUUAUUACUAAAGGAAUCUGACGAUUUUACCUCUCUGUGCCACCAGAAAAAGACAAAGUAAAAGUUACUUUUUAUUCCUAUCAAUCAAAUGGAAACACAAAUUUCACGGAGCUGUGUGUCACUGAAGAAAUGGUGCCUGAGAUGAAACAGUUUUAAAGAACUUCCUAUAAAACACUUUAAAAAACUGCCAAGAGCCUUGGAGUGUGUUUGAAGGAAGACUUGUGAGCACAGCUGGAUUCUGAUCUUCAGCAUUCACCUGGUGUGUCUUCGGCGCCUCGUAACUCCCUGCCUCUGGGCAGGGGACUCUGGUGUUAGAAUGUUUGACUAUAACUGAAUUGUAGAUGGUAAGGGAAAUUGGAUGUUGUAUUUUUUGUUUUUAAAUAAUUAAAACGGGUCAAUUUUC